UUCGAACAAAGAACAAGCAUGGAAAAGUUUAUAUUCUUUUCUAUUCAGAACAGUCUAAUUCAAUAAAACAACAAAAUCUAAAUGAAUUAAUUAAAUUUCUAUUUUAGGUCUUGCUCGAUUGGGUUUGAGUCAAAAAGCAAAUCCUCAAGAUUAUAAUGGACCUUGGGGAGAAGGAGUACAAUGUCCUUACCAAAACCCUCCUUUUCCUGAUGGUACUACCGUGUAUAAAGGUUCAGUUCCAUCUGCUAUGACUACAGAUGCUGUGAAUUAUCUUCGUGAUGCAAAAGUGAAAAUGUUUCAAGUCAGCGAAACCAAAACAUAUCCUAAUUUAGCUAAUCUCUAUUUUGUGAUGAGAAAAGAAUUUCACCCUUGGCAUUAUUCUGGUGGUAAACUCUUAACUGGUUGCUGGACAGGUGUCACUGUUUAUCAAUAUAUCAAUCAACCAUAA